AGCCCAGCCGACGGGGGCGCGCCGCGCAGGCCCCCCGGGGCGCGGGGCCAUCGGGGACCAUGGCUCCCGGGCCCGAGGGCCUCCCGCCCAUCGGCGAGACCUCGCUGCCGCCGGGCGUGACGCAGGAGGCGUGGGAGAAGAGCUUCAAGGCGUCCCUGCAAGGGCAGGCCGUUGCCUUCCCGGACACGCAGGCCGCACCCGGGCCACGAGCGCGGCCGGCGGGGCUGGCCGCGACGGCCACGGCGGAGGCUGAGGCGCCCGCCGCCGCCGGCGAGGAACCCGCGGCCGCGCCCGGCCAGCCGAGCGCCGGGGGCGGCACUGCCAAGGCCGCGCCGGGGCCGCCGCGGCGCGUUGCCGAUGAUCGCGGUGGCGGUGGCCUCCCCCUCUUCCUUUUCCUCCUCGUCCUCCUCCUCCUCCUCCUCCUCCUCCUCUUCAUCAUCCCCACCUGCCGACGGACCUGAAGGAAUUACAGAGGGCGGUGCGCUGGUUGCGCGUCUGCCUGUUUACGGGGCCCGCGACGUGGGCCGAGGCUUGCGGAAGAAGGCUCGGGCACGUUUCAAGGCACACGGAUUACGCGAGAUUGAUCAUGCCCGCUCUCUUCAGCAUGCUCAGCCGUACGAACGAGAUUGGGCGCAUGCUUGGUACUCACGUAAAAGGUAUCUUCUGGUCAGCAGAUGAGGAGAGUCAUAAUAUCUUCGAUGUGGUGUUUGCAGAGGUCGACAUCCGAGAGGUCAAGUCUGGCAAUUCUAGACGCUUCGCGUAACCCCACCAGGUCCGUAGCCUUGGCUCAAGCUUGGCUCGAGCGAUCUUGACCUAAGGUAUUUACAGUGCGGCUCAAGCCGCGGUGCCGUGUCUUCUCGGAUGCUGGGCAUCGGCCGAGGGUCUCGAGAAGCCGUUAUUUCCCUCGAAGCGUCGAUCGAGAACUGCGGUCGGACAAAACAAUGGAGCGUAGCACUGCGGUUGCUCCGCGAAGGACUUCGAUUAGGUGUGCAACUUGUCCCAGGCCGCUACAUUGCGAUUGCCAGCGCAUGCAGAAAAGGCGGGCAAUGGCAACACGCGCUUUCAGUGCUCAGUGACAUGUGGAAGGCGAAGCUGGAGCCCAACGUCAUCAGCUACAGCGUUGGGAUCAGCGCGUGCGAGAAGGGCGGGCAGUGGCAGCCAGCGCUGGCACUGCUGAGCGAGAUGCAGGAGGCGAAGCUGGAGCCCGACGUCAUCAGCUACAACGUUGGGAUCAGCGCCUGCGAGAAGGGCCAGCAGUGGCAGCGGGCGCUUGCGCUGCUGAGCGAGAUGUGGGAGGCGAAGCUGGAGCCCAACGUCAUCAGCUACAGCGCUGGGAUCAGCGCGUGCGAGAAGGGCGAGCAGUGGCAGCGGGCGCUUGCGCUGCUGAGCGAGAUGUGGGAGGCGAAGCUGGAGCCCGACG